CAAGGCGGACUUGCGGUCGGGCGCUGCUAGUGGUAGGGGGGCACAGGCGUAGUGCAGGAAACUCUCCUCGGAAGUGGCUGACUUUACCUUUUAUUGGGGUGUAGGGGUGGGGGUGAGGCAUGAAAUAUGUCAGUCAACCUGGUGGUGCUGAGGCUUGAGACUGCUGACGACAGCCCGACGCUCAAGCACAUCGAGUACCAAGCUCCCAAAUCUCAUAAUAGACACUGUGGAAGUGACCGUGAGGCGAGCCCAUCAGAGUGGCCUCCCCUAGUGACGGAUACACUGUUGUCAAUACACCGAGGACGCAGGCAACCCACUCAGAUUACUGUAACAACGCUUGAGGAAGGACACAUCAUUGAGGCUGUAGCAGCAGCAGCAGGCAGUGAAGAUUUCAGUAUGGACCACCAGGCGAAAGGUAGCUCUAUGGAAAAUGCAGGUGUAGACACACGCUCAGAAACAGGGAAUUUAAGUUGUGGGGGAGUACUACCAAGAACUAGCAAGGAGUCCACACCAUGUGCAUCCAGCAGCAAAGAAGGCACUCCCGGAUUAAGUGAAGAUGGCAGUAGUGGAAGAAGAGGCCGUUCUGUGAAGGAUCGCGUUUCCUUUGUCUCUGGGAACCCUAUGGUUGAUGUAGCACAUGGAAUUCUUCAUCUUUAUAAAGAGAACACCAAGACAAGUUUGGACGAGACAGACUCACGAUCAGAGAUGUUGUGUAUGCUGGCAGUUCCGACAUCCAUGACAAUCCACGACUUGUUGCAGUUUACAGCGCCCUGUUACUCUGUGAUACAACAUAUGCGCAUCAUUCGUGAUCCCACGCCCAACCAGUAUAUGGUUCUCUUAAGGUUUAGAACACAAAGUGAUGCAGAUAUGUUCUACAAUACUUUUAAUGGCCAACGUUACAAUAGCAUUGAGCCAGACAUCUGCCGUCUGGUAUAUGUUGCACGUGUUGAGACCACAAAAGAAUCUGAGAAUGGAGGCCUUCCUAUCCCUGGCCACACCGAACUACCCAACUGCCCAGUGUGUCUCGAGAGGAUGGAUGAAUCGGUGGAUGGAAUUCUGACAAUAUUGUGCAACCACUCGUUCCAUGGAGAAUGCUUAGCAAAAUGGGGCGACACAAGCCACACCGCUGCAGAGGUCCUCGUCUGUCCUGUGUGCCGGUACUGUCAGACUCCAGAAGAAACGCCUGAUCAGAGGUGUUCACUGUGUGGAGCAGCAGACUCACUUUGGAUUUGUCUUAUAUGUGGUCAUGUGGGCUGCGGGCGAUAUGUUGGUGGCCAUGCACAUAGACACUUUAUGGAGACAAACCACCUCUUUGCACUGCAAGUAGGCAACAACAGAGUCUGGGACUACGUGAGGGAUAACUAUGUGCAUCGCUUACUGCAGAGUGAGGGAGAUGGCAAGGUUGUUUCUUAUGAAAGAUCAUCUCCAGUUGGAGACACCAAGGAGGAAAUGGUGCAGGGAGAAGAAAAACUAACAGCGUUACAACUUGAAUAUACACACCUGUUGUCUUCCCAACUGGAAUCUCAGAGACAGUAUUUUGAAAAUAAGAUUUCUGAGGCACAGGCUGAGGCCUUGCAGGAGGCUGAAGACAGUAGAUCUGAGGCAAAGAGAUUUUCAAUGGAAUUGCAGAAAAUGAAGCAAGAAUUGCUCAAUGUCACUCGAGACAAGCAAUCCCAAGAUAAGAAGCUCCAGCAGAUGACUCAGAAAAUAAGUAGACUUUCAAAAGACCUGGAGACAGAGCAGCAUUUAAACUUGUCGAUGCGCCAGGGUAAGCAGGAAUGGGUCUCCAAAGUUGUCAAUCUUCAGACGGCACUGGAUCAAAAAGAUAAGAGAAUAGCUGAGCUGGAGUCACAGAUAGUGGACGUCAUGGCUCACCUUGAAGCACUCUCUACUGUCAACUGUAAUCCAGAACUUCAAGGUGGUAAGAUUUACAUUGCUCCGGAUACCUCCAAAUCUCACGGGGCGAGACGGAAACAUCGAAAAUAGGCACCACUGUACUUAUUAAUAGGACUUGACCAGUCAUUUUUUUCACUGAAGACUUGGUGCAUUUUUGCUAUAAGUGAUAUGGGGAAAAAUGGUUUUGUAUACUGUGUGAUAACAGGAGAAACUAUAAGCAAUAGAUAUUAGUGGAAGAAACUACUAUAUGAGCAAAUUUGAGUGUGAUUUGUGUGUAAAACAAACUGUAGAUAAUAGUAAAAGAACUCGCAUCUCCGUUUAAUUUGCAUCAUCCUAUUUUAUAAUUAUUUUUUAUAUCAGUUCAGUGUGCUUUUAGAAAAGCAUUUUUUGCUAGUAAACUAACCUUUACAAGAAAACAUUGUCUCAUAUUUAACUGAUCAUUGAGAAUACAGUACAUGUAAUAGAUCAUGUGGGUAAGGAUAUGCAUAGUAGAUAGCAGGAAAGUAAACUUUACAGUGAAAAGUACAGAGAGUCAGACUAUACAGUAAAUAGUGUGGAGAGAGAUUAUAUAGUAAGUAGUAUGGAAAGUAAGAUUACACAGCAAAGUAGUGCGGAGAGAAAUUAUACAGUAAGUAACGCAGAGGUUAAGAUUGUAUUAAGACUCUCUCCACACAGUAGGUAGUGUGGAGAGAGAGAGAAUAUACAGUAAGUAGCACGGAGAGUAAGACUGUACAGUAAAUAAUGCGGAGAGUAAGAUUAUACAGUAAAUAGUGCUGAGAGUAUGAUUAUACUGUAAAUAUUGCAGUGAGAUUACAUAGUCAAUAAUAGUAAGAGUAAGCAAUCCUUGUUGCACAUGUGCUGUUUCAUGGCUGGUUUCUGUGUGCAGUAUUGGUAUGGACAAAAAUUAUUGUACAGGAUUUUUUUUUUAGGUUUUUUAGUGCCCAAGUUGUUGAUCAAGUUGAAAUUUAUAUACAGUACUGUAGUUUGAAAUUUCUGUACUGGAUCUUCAAAUGAUUCAUUUAUUUUAUUUUCCAUAAAUAUUUUUCAUUAGACAUCAGUACAGUAUAUUUGAAAUUAAGCUGUUUAUUAUAGUAGGAAUUUCUAUUUCUGUACAUGUACAUAUUAUGAAUAUACGCUGUAUAUAGUUUACAUAUAUGUAGUGAUAAGUAUUGUACAAAAGUGUCAUGCUUGUAUUUAUUAUCUGCAGUGUCUUUAACCUGGGCUGUUUAUGCCUAGGUUUCCAAUCUUGCUAAUUUCUUCUCCAAUAUUGUGACUCUUCAUAACCGAUGUCUUAAAACCAAGAAGACAAAAAGUGGCAUCAUUUUAGCGUAGAUGAAAUACUUCUUUCUGAGUUGGUCACUCAGUCGCUUCCUUAGGCAAUAUCCCGCUCUUUGCAUUGUUUACUCCAGUGUGAGUCUUUUCAAACUACUCCCAUCAUACCAGGUAAGGGGAAAGAGAGAGACUGGAAAAUUGAUUCAGCCUCAAAUGACCAACAAGGUACUUUAUCUACACACUCACACACUUGGAGGCCUCACGGAUAGUGCCUGGGAGUCGUAGUCCUAAUUGCCCGGGUUCAAUUCCCGGCAGAGGCGGAAACAAAUGGGCAGAGUUUUUGUCACCCGGAUGCCUCGGUUCACUUAGCAGUAAAUAGGUACUUGGGAGUUAGACAGCUGCUAUGGGCUGCUUCAUGGGGAUGUGUGUGUACACAUGUGUUAGAGAGAAAUGUAUGUAGUAGAUAUAAUAGAGGAAAUGUAGAUUGAUUAGAAAGGUGAGGUCUGAGAGCUAAUAGCUCGAUUCUGCAGGCACAAAUAGUAAAUACAUGCGCACAUGCACGCACACACACACACUGUAAUGCUUGUAU